AUGGACAACUCCCCUAAUUUGCAGCAGGCGGUGCCGGCGACCUCUUCUAUGGGCGGCCGUUUGAGCAGAUCAUACCCGAGCUCCCAUUCCAUUUCAUCCACAGUCAGCCCUGGAACGUCGACACCGAACCCAUGGUCAGCAAAUGACUGGAUCCGUGGCACACCCGACACGUCGCCGCCCAGCUCAGGGGUCGGUUCUCCCGAGCUCCAGGCUAAGCGGCUGUCAGAAGACAGUAGUGUCUCUUCGGUGGAAGAGUCCAUUGACAGCCGUUCUGGUCCCGCCGCGAAGAAUUUGUUGGUGAACGUCGUGGACUUGAACGAGCAACGUGUAGGCGCGUGGAAUUCGGCGCACCUCCCCAUCCACGAGGAGGGUCUGUUGAAGGUCGUGCGCGUCGGCAGAGACGGUACCCGGGAUGCCAUGGUAUCUCUACCAGGGGUUUCUCGUCCAAUCGAGUUGAAGGCACGGCAGCCGAACCUCAUGUUUUCGACCAAGGUCGUCGACGCCAUCGCAGAAGCGGACAUCAUCUUCAUCUGCGUCAACACGCCCACCAAGAUGCAAGGGCUAGGCGCAGGAUCCAUGGCCGAUGUUAGCGCUGUCGAGAGCGCCACCCGCACCGUGGCUAAGCACGCCAAAGAAGGUGCCAUUGUUGUGGAGAAGAGCACAGUACCAUGCGGUACAGCUCGUAUGAUCCAGGAUAUCUUGCGUCACCAUCGCCCCGACACCAGCUUCGAAGUCCUCUCAAACCCCGAGUUCCUCGCCGAAGGCACUGCAGUUGAGAAUCUAAUGCACCCUGAUCGGAUCCUCAUUGGGAGUGCACGAACUCUUGCCGGCUUCCAGGCGGCCGCCAUAUUGAAGGACGUCUACGCGGCAUGGGUGCCCACCGCUCGCAUUGUUACCGUCAACACGUUCAGCAGCGAGCUUGCCAAGCUUGUGGCAAACACCAUGCUCGCCCAACGCAUCAGCAGCAUCAACGCGGUGAGCGCCAUGUGUGAGGAGAUCGGCCUGGGUGCCGAUGUGGAUGACGUGAGCCUCGCCAUUGGGAAAGACCUGAGGCUGGGGCCCAAGUUUUUGCAAGCAGGCGUCGGAUUCGGCGGCUCAUGCUUUGAGAAGGAUAUUCUGAACCUCGCAUACCUUGCCAGGGAGCUGCAUCUCGAUGUCGUGGCCGAGUAUUGGCUGGCGGUACUCAAGAUCAACGAAGACCAGCGUCAGCGCUUCGCCCGCAACGUUGUCCGAGAGCUAAACGGGUCCCUUCGGGGGAAGAAGAUCGCGGUGCUGGGGUUUGCCUUCAAGGACGGGACCAACGACACACGCAAUAGCAUUGCGGUCCACAUCAUCAAAGACCUAGCGUCGGAGAUGCCGCGAGAGAUCGCCGUGUUUGACCCCGGCUGCGCUGCGGCUGAUAUUCUCGACGAGAUCCAGCGGCUGGGACUGAACGCUGGACAAAUGGAGAGGAUCAAAAUCUGCUCGAGCUGGCGGGAAUGUGUCCAGGAAGCUAGCGCCGCUUGCAUCCUAACGCAGUGGAAACAGUUCCGUGGCCGGCAGUUGGGGAACCCCGGGGCCACAGCCGGCAAUACGGCAAAGCCGGAUCGUGCCGGAUUAGCGACCCACGCUUUGGACACUUGUUUGAGCGAGAGGGGUAUCAUGGACCUGGAGAAGCUGUCGCGACAAGCGGUAUCGACACCUUCAGACGACCCUCUCGGAAGGCUCAACCCGCUGGUUCCAUGCUUGGAAGAAUGCAGUAGCUGCAGUCUUAGCCAGAGCCAGAUGCAGGACCAGGAGACGGUAGACUGGGUUGAAGUCGCGGGGAUGAUGCAAGAGCCGAGAUGGGUGUUUGACGGGCGUAAUGUUGUGAAUCACGUUGAGCUUCAGGGUCUGGGCUUCAGGGUGAGAGGGAUUGGAAAGGGUUUCCAUUCCUGA